AUGGGUCGCAGAGUGAAUGAAGACGCUACCAACACCGUCGUAUCGCUUCUCCAGAAGGAUACGCCCAUCGUGGAGAUCGGAAAAGUUGUGAAUGUUUCAAAGACAACCAUCUACCGCAUGCGGCUGAACCUGGAGCUCUUCGGCAACCCUUACACCCCUCAAACAGUGAUUCGCGGUCGUCCGAAGCUUCUUACGGUCGCGCAGGAAGAUGCGCUCAUCGAAUGGAUCAGAUCUCAACCUACCACUCCCCAUCUUGAUGAGAUGGCCUCCUGGCUUGACCAGCAAUUUGGUACCAAGCCUUCUCUGGCUACCGUGUAUCGGACACUUGAGCGGGCGGGGUUCAGCAGGAAGGACGGAGUUAAGAAGAAGAGGCGCACCGCUGCCGAACAGUCCUCUCCCAGUCGGGUUGCGACGAGUUCGACCGCAUCAAAACGUGGGGCAGCUCGCUCGCCAGCUCGUUCACCAGCUCGGCCACCAGCUCGGCCACCAGCUCGGCCACAAGCCCGCUCACCAGCUCAACCACUAGCUCAACCACCAGCUCUCCCUGCACCUGUAGGGCCCGUAUGCAUGGUGCCAGUACCGAUAGUUCCAGUGCCCAUGACUCUAGUACCUAUGGUGCUUUUACCUAUGAGUUGCGUUCCCAUGGAUCCGGCACUCACAGGAGACACCGGAAACGCACAGUUCUACAUGCAAGGACUGCUGCACAACCUCGCCGACCGCGCUCAACGCGACGCCCAUUGA